AUGGCUGCCGCCCCCCUCAGUUCUUCUGAGGUUAAAUACAUUCGAAAUGUCCCUGACUUCGAUACUGAUGAAUUCUUUGAGAGAUGUACAGACUAUCUGAAUCAGAAUCACAUUUGUGACAGUUUUGAGAUUUUGAGAAUAGCCUCUGUGUUGGGUCCAGAUGAAGAACUUGAAAAACGUUUGCGAAAAUAUGUGAUGAAGAAUGUCCUAAAGAAGAUAGAUGAUAACCAGCCACUAGAGUAUUUGUCAGAGCUACGUCCUGUUACCAUUGUUUUUGUGAAUAUGCAGUUUGAAGAAAAUGCCAAUACACACCAUGUGUGUAAGGCUAUCCAAGAUGCCACUGCUAUGAUCACUGGAACAAUAUUGCCCCUUAGUGGUAACAUUAAUAAAGUCUUCAUGUUUGACAAAGGCUGCACUUUUCUUUGCAUCUUUGGUCUUCCUGGCGAUAAACAAGCAGAUGAAAGCACAAAUGCUCUUGAUAGUGCCCAUAAAAUUCAUGCUUUCUGUUCCACAGCACUUAUGAAAGUAAAGAUUGUUUCUAUUGGGGUCACUGGUGGGCCAGUUUUCUGUGGAGUCGUUGGUCAUCGUGUGAGGCAUGAAUAUACAGUGAUUGGACGAAAAGUUAACCUUGCUGCACGGCUGAUGAUGUUUUAUCCAGGAUUAGUAAGCUGUGAUGCCCUCACUUAUUCCAAAUCUAAACUGCCCCACUACUUCUUUGAAGAGCUCCCAUUAGUUGAGAUGAAAGGUGUUGUGAACCCUGGAACAGUCUAUCAAUUUCUUGGUAUUACAGAAAAAGCAAUGAUUUACAAAGCAUAUUUAACCAAGGAGAGAUCUGAAAUUUAUCCUUUACUAGGUCGCAAGAAGGAGACUGACAUCUUUGAAAACUUACUGGAAAAAUUUAAAGAAACUAAAUUAAGCCAUGUUAUAAUAUAUGAAGGUCUCAUGGGAUAUGGAAAAAGCCAACUAGUAACUGAAAUUGCCUAUAUAGGACAGGCUCCUGGGCAAAAGGUUGUGGCAAUGGAGCUGACAAAGAUAAAUGCAUGGCAAAACUUCUUUGCUGUCCGGACACUGAUGGCAAUGUUCCUGGGGGUGGAUGUCUGUAAAACCUAUGAUGCAAGGCAGUAUAUCCUUCUGAGCAAGUUGCGUGGAGUUAUAGAAGAACAAUAUCUAUGCCUUUUCAACAAUCUUUUUCAUGUUAAGUUUCCUACAUCAGAAGUGGUUUCUCAAAUGGACAAUGACAGAAAGAAUAAAGAGAUUGAAACGAUGCUUUUAAAAAUUCUAAUUAAUGCAGCAGAAAAGGAAGUCCUCAUUUUUGCAAUUGAUGAAGCUCAGUUUAUUGAUAAAGCCUCUUGGGAUUUCCUGGAUAACUUACUUAAGAGUGUUCCGAUCUUUGUUGUUAUGGCUUUGUCUCCUAUCAAUCACAAGGGACGAAUACUUUGUUCCAGUGCAGCCCAAAUCCUGAAUAGUCCAAGCACAACUUUUAUUCAGCUAAGGGAAUUAAGUCCUUCAGUAAUUAUUCAGAAAGCCUGUCAAGAUCUUGGAGUGGUCAGUAUCGCCAGGGAGCUUGAAACAUUUUUAAUACAAAGGAGUCAUGGAAACCCAUUUUACUGUGAAGAACUUCUCCGAAACCUCCACUUAAACAAUGUGCUUCAAUUCCAUGUGCUGGACGAAGAUGAAGAGAAAGAGGAUGAAUGGGAUAGCCUUUUUACCACUACUGUUCUCAAGACUCAUGCAUCCAAAAUGUUAGACGAAGAGACUGAAUUAUAUAUUUGCACAGUCGGGCAAAAUGUGAAGCUUACCACCAUCAGUCUCCCUCCAACAUUAAAAGGAAUUGCUCUGGCUGCACUGGACAAUAUGAAUCCUUCAGAGCAGAUGGUGGUGAAAUGUGCAGCUGUCAUUGGUGUGAUGUUCACUACAGAGAUGCUGCUUUAUAUCCUCCCAGAAUGGACAAAAAGGAAGAUGUACCAGACUCUGGCAGCACUGGUGGAAUCCCGUAUCUUUAAGUGUUGUAGUGAAAGAAAAGAAGUGAAUAUAACCCAGCGCAUGUUAUCUAAAGAGUUCAGCAUCAGCAAUAAUGAACUGAAAUCACUUAGGCAAGAAUCAGAUCUUGGAUCGGUUAUUUCCAAUAGGCUCAAACUAGAAGAGGCUGUGAUGCAUUGCAAAAUCAUGGAGUUUUGCACACCAUUGUUGCAAGAAGCAGCUUAUGAAUUGUGGCUUAAGAAUCAGAAAAAAGCCUUGCAUUUCAAAUGUGCCAGCUACCUGAAGUGGCUAGCUCACCGAUGCAAGUGUUGUGGGGAAGGUGAUUUCAUUCCUUAUCAUCGGUAUGCAGUAGAUGGCAUGCUUCAAAAAUUCUAUUCACAGGAAUAUAAAAUUAAAAAUAUCAAAGAGGAUGUGUUGAACGAGGCUGCUGUGAUCCUUGUUUCUGAAACCCUAAAAAAAUUGGAAGCAUCCCACCAGGAAGGUGCCGAGAAUCAAGAGAGGAAAGGUGCAUUUUCAUUAUCUCAUAAGAAAGGACUUUUCCGAAAGAGAGAAAAAGCAGAUUAUUCUUUUUUCUUCAGUGCUAGACAUCCGAGUGUUGCUGCUCUGAUGGAAUCAAGUGGUGACACACUAAUAGAAUGGAAGGAUAGUAGAAUUAAAACACGGCAGCUUACUACAGGAGAUACCCUGCGGUCAACCUUCAUCUUGCAAGAGUCCUUUAGGGCUGAAAAUUCAGAAUUGGAAUUUUUAAAAAGAAUGGAUGAAAUAAUCUUGCUUACUUUUAUGAGCAAGAAAAGGACCGAGACCCCCGGCUCACAGGACUGUGAAUGCAAAGAAAUUGUGGAGUCUGUUUCUGUGCCGUUAUCUCAGCACUACUUGGCUCUAGGGGAUUAUAGUCGGGCUUUUUAUUACCUGUUGGAAUCUGCAUCUGCUUAUGUCAACCUCUCCCACAACUACAUGGCCUUUACAUAUCUGAAUACAGCAGAGAGCCUCUUGAGAUCUUCGGAAUACAAGCAUAAACUCAUUAACCAAUUUGAGGUGUCCAUUUUGUACAGCCUGAAGGGAGAGGUCUGUUACAAUAUGGGUCAAAUUACUUCUGCAAAAAAACUGAUAAAGAAGGCUUUGAGCUUACUGAAGAAAAGCUUCCCAAUAACUGUUGUAGGAGCCUUUUGCAUGUUUAUGGUGGAAACUUCCAAACAUUUGUCUCAUCAGAACAAACAAACUUUAUGGCAAAUAUCCAGUGGCAGGGAGAAGAGACUAGCAGUUCUGUUCCAGCAAGGUCACUGCCUUUCCCUGCUGUGGCAGCUCUUCAAUCUGGAUGUAGCCAGAAGUAGGAAAACGUUCACCCGUUUGGCAGCCCUCAUGCAGGUGAACUGUGCAGAAGAGUCUCAAGAUGAAUCUCAGAUAAUCUCUUCCUAUAUGGAUUUCUCCCUCUGCUAUCAAAUGAUGGGUUGCCAACAUGAAUGGAUGAAGUAUGAGUUAAUGGCCAUCAAACGUAGUUCUCAUCUUCAAGUUGUUGGAGGAGGGUUACUGACAAUUGCUAAACUAGCAUCAUCAUUGGCUUACAUGAAGCUUUGUUUGGGGAACAUGCCUUUAGCCAUCCAACUGGGUUAUCGUGCACACGAGUUAUAUGAGCAGCUGAAGAGGCCUAACCUUGAUGCUACUGUGCUCCAUGAUAUUUUCAAAGCUCUUUAUCUUAGCACCAGAUAUCAAGAUUCUGUGCAAGUGUUGAGUUGCCUAGAAGAUCUCACCUUUCGAGAUGACAAUAUUAUUGGACAGUCACUCUUCAUUUCGGGGUGUCUGAACAUUAUACUUUAUGCUGGAUUUUGUUUUAAGCCAUUUAAGUACUGCCAGGAUUUUAUUCUCGCUAAUGAAACAAACUGCAUCCUCAUGUCUCAGAACAACAUCAUGUUGAGUUUGUAUUCUUCUCUGGCAAUUUGGUUUGCCAGACUUCAGCAAUGGGAUAAAUUCAUAAUACCAUUUGAAAAAGCAAGGCGGUUGGUGAGGAGAACAUGUGCUUCACUCUGUUCUAACCAUGGAUUCUGUAAGUUGGUAGAGUGUGAGAUUCUGUUGUUAAGAAAAUAUAUAGAAGAGAGGCCUGACAAAGUCCGUGAGAUGCAUAACAGGAUAACAAAGAAUUUGGAUCAGAUAAUGAAUCAGUGUUCUAUAAGCCCAGUGUACUAUUCCAGGGUUUACCACCUGAAGGCCUAUGUCCAGCUGAUGCUUGGAAAUGAUGAACUCAGCCAAAGCUUUCUUGAGAAGGGAUUCUACAGUAGUGAUAUCUAUGGGAAUCGUUUGGAGAGAUCCUGGCUAGAGAUUAGCAAGGAGUGGUGGUUCACUGGAAAAAAACCCAUGGAAGACUUUUGGUUAAAGGCAGUUCCAGAUUUCCCUGUAUGGAAUGUAAACAUGACAGCCCAAGAGAUGGGAGCUUUCCAUAAAAACAUGUACCUGCUGAAAGUGCCAGAACUGGAUAUAAGCAAUCCAUUCCCAGAAAGUAGCGUAGAAGAAUAAUAGUGAACUGAUUGCAGGAAAUCUCGUCUGAAACAAAUUUUGGUUUAUUUGUUUUCUUGUACAAACUCCACCUUUUCCUGUGUUAAAUCCAGAGUGUAGCAUUUGAUAUGUAUGUUCAACUUUUAAAAUUUCUUAUUAAAAAACCCUUUCAUCUUUCA